GUAUUGUUGUUUUAGUCUCUAAGCUCUAAAAUCUCCGCAGGAGAUUUUAAAUACCUCCCACAGUGCAAGUAGCACUUUCCCAGCUUGUACACUCCAUCUCCUGCCAAGAUCUCUCUGAACCCCACGCCAAGAUGCGGAUGAACAUGCAAUAUUUAUUGAUUUAGCCAAGAUACGACUAUGCCUAAUCCGGUCAAGACACCCGACGUCGCCGUCAUCAAUUCAUCUAACCACCACCACCACCAUCCCGUUUCUUCCACUUUCAAGCUCAUAAGUCAAUAAGCAACCCCCGAAGAUGGCUGACUGCGGACUCCCCUUUCCCGUCGUUUGUAUCCAGUGCGGCCGAGGUGUCGGCCUCUGCGGCGUCAAGGUCAUCGGACCGACCAUUGGUUUUUGCGUUGCCGUGUUAGCUGCCUUCAUCUGUUGGCCUAUCGCGCUCCUGUUCUGCUGUUUCACAGAGACGGGCAAGAAAUGGUUUUGGAAACCGUGUGAUAUCAACGCUCAAGUUUCAGACCUAUUUCCAAUCUGACCAAGGGGGAAGUCCACGGAUUUAAGCACUAUGUCAAUUAGUGCCUAGGGCUGUGGAUUGUAUCAAGUCCGGUGUUUCCGAUCAGCUGUUGACGAAAAAUAAGAGUGUUUCGUUGAGAACAACAUCACGAGAAGCUAUGAUCAAGCACUUCAAUUCUAAAGCGGAAGUAGUUAAUGUUAAUAUAAUUCUUAUUUCAAAUGGAUAUAACUUUUUAACGUGAGAUGGGCUCGGAACUGUGAAUGAUUAGCAAACUACCCGCAAGCCGCAUUUACCUGAGAUUGGCACUUUGAGAAUGAAGUCGUCUUAUGGAGAGCGCUUAAUUAUACGAGGUUUUCACAAAUAGCAACUCGAGAAUUGCUAACCUCGGCAUCAACCGGCAGCUGGACUUUAGCUGGGACCUUUGUCAUCGCUGAAUCCUCCAUA